GCUUCAUUUAUAACCCACGCAGCUCAAUAGACGUCUGGAGAGGAAAGAAACGCUUCUCUCAUCGGAGAGUCUCUCAACACCCGGCGGACGGGAAUAAUUCAUCGGGGGGCGGUUGCGUAUGACUUGGGAUAAUGUUUGGAUAUACUGGAGCACAGGCGAGGACUUCCAGUGAUCGCGUGGAUUAGGUGACUUUGAUCAAUUUGUGCAGAACAACUAUGUUUGCGCGUAUAUGGAGGACUGGUUGCCGUUUCAGUGCUUCGGUGUGAUGUGGAUACUUGUCAAGGACAUCGUGCGUAAUAAAUGAGCCGUUCCGGAGAACGACGGCGAUGCAUCAGAGCUCUGGAAAACACUCUCGUAGCGCUAUUGUGAUCGCGCAGUGGACGAUGAUCUUCGGCUGUCAACUCGUCUGAGAGUUCCGUCGGCUAUAGGAUCCGUCGGACCCGUCUGAAGAGCAAAGUUAAGCCCGAGAUCGAAAAACAAGACAGAUUGGUGUAUCAUAGCCAAUGACUCAAUGACUGCCGUGGAGCUCCUGUAUCUGGCUCAGUAGCGUGGAGUCGUCACACCCUGAAGAGAGGAGAAAAUGGACAGGCUGAAGGACUUGAGAAUGCUGGGUCGGCCUCUCAGAAGGAGCGCACCCAUGGAGCAACUGCUGCUGUGCCUGGCUCUGUUCUCCAUGCCGUCCUACGCCAUGCUGUGCCCCAAACGCUGCACCUGCCAGAACCUGCUGCCCUCGUACACCGUGCUGUGCGCCAAAACCGGCCUGCUCUUCGUGCCGCCUAAUAUCGACCGGCAGACCGCCGAGCUGCGACUAAUGGACAACUUCAUCACCACCCUGCGCCACCAAGACUUCGCUAACAUGAGCAGCCUCAUACACCUCACGCUCUCCCGCAACACCAUCAGCCAGAUCCGACCGUACGCCUUCACUGACCUGCAGGAUCUGCACGCGUUGCAUCUGGACGCAAACCGGCUCACGGUGCUAGACGACACCCAUCUGCAGGGGCUUGUGAAUCUGCGCCACCUUAUCCUCGCCAACAACCAGCUUCACAGCAUCUCCGACGGAGCCUUCCAAGACUUCCUAGAAACUCUCGAGGACCUCGACCUUUCUUACAACAACCUGGUGGACGUGCCGUGGGACACUAUAGCCAUGCUAGCCAGCGUCAACACCCUCAGUUUGGACCACAAUCUCAUCGAGUUUGUUCCCGAAGGGAUAUUUUCCAAUCUUCAUAAACUCGCCCGACUUGAUAUGACAUCCAACAAGUUGAAGAAGUUCCCCCCAGAUCCUCUAUUCCUACGAAUCCCCGUCUACGCCAAAAUGAAAGGCUCGCCGCUGACCGCGCUGGUGCUCAGUUUCGGCGGGAACCCAUUGCAUUGCAAUUGCGAGCUGGUUUGGUUGCGCCGCCUGACGCGGGAGGACGAUCUGGAGACAUGCGCGUCCCCGCAAGACUUGGCCGGCAAGUACUUCUGGACGAUUCGCGAGGAAGAGUUCGUCUGCGAGCCGCCUAUGAUCACCCGGCACACUUCCAAGAUGUUCGUCAUGGAGGGUCAAGAGGUUAGUUUGCGAUGCCGCUCCGUGGGAGACCCCGAGCCAACCGUCCACUGGGUCAGUCCAGAUGGGAAGCUAAUCGGAAACACCUCGCGCACCAUAUGCUACGAGAACGGCUCUUUGGAAAUCUUAACAGCCACGGUGAAGGACUCCGGCGUGUUCACCUGCAUAGCCUCGAAUGCAGCCGGCGAGGCCACGGCUCCUGUGGAAUUAGUCGUGAACCCUUCGCCGCAUUACGACCCCAAACUGGAGCCGGAGCCGGGACCCUCGGACAUGCCGACUUCUAUAAAGUCCAACAGCAGUGGUAGCGGCGGCCAGGCUCGAGCUGAUCAGAGGGUCAGUGUCUCGGAAAUAACCUCAAGCUCUGCGAUGAUCCGCUGGCCUCCGCAAAGCCAAAUCCCUGGAGUUCGCAUGUACCAGAUCCAGUACAACAGCUCCACCGACGACAUCCUCAUAUACAGAAUGAUUCCCGCCUCCCAUAGGUUGUUUCUACUGAGCGAUCUGGCCUCGUCGCGAGACUACGAGCUCUGCGUCCUGGCCGUCUACGACGACGGCAUCACGGCUCUGACCGCGACGCGGCUGGUGGGCUGCGUGUCCUUCUCCACGGAGCGCGAGUUUCGCCACUGCCGCUCCAUCCACGACCAGUUCCUCGGCGGCACCAUGAUCAUCAUCAUCGGCGGGAUCAUCGUGGCGUCGGUCCUCGUCUUCAUCUUCAUCCUGCUGAUGAAGUACAAGCUUCACAGCCAGCACUACAAGCAGAAGGUGGCUCGCGUCAGUAACGUUUGUUCUCAGACCAACGGUGGCCAGCAGGGGGCGGCGUCCUGUCCUCCGCCGCGCUCGUCCUCGUCCUCGGGAUUCUCCAGCAAGCCUUCCGUCCCGCUCGGGUCGGACAGACAAGAAGGGUCCCACGGCCUGGAGGGGGGUUACGGAGCGCUUAAAGGGACCACGGUGGUGGACUUGAACCCGGAAUACGGGAAAUCGUUCAAAGAGGACGACUCCAUUUCGCAAUAACACAGGGUUCGAUCCCGCCUCCCUUCCCAUUCUCUUCACAUCUCAACUAAUUAUGUUUCUUUUCUGUUGCCGGCGUCCUGCGUUCUUACCGAGUGUUUUCUCCUGUCCGAGGCAAACUCACAAUCUGGAAGCCAAAUGCAGAACUCCAGAUUAAAAGGGAUUGGAUCCAGUCUAUUAGUAGGACAAGCCGCGGUCGGAAGGCACUCUGUGUUCAAUUCUUUAUGCAAAACUCUCCCCAGAUCCUGGAUAUCAUGUGCCUCUUCGGUGCAUAUGAGCAAUGUUUUCUAUUUUAAACCAGAGGUCAUUUUCCUGAGAGACGAGGACCAUUAAACCAUUCAAUGGGAAGAGAGAGGGAAACGCUCCCUGGAUGUUUUUUGUAGGAAAUAUUAUGACAGAAUAUCAGUGUUAAACAGAUGAAGCAGUGCCAAAGGACUGAACCCUGUGGAUUUAACGCUCUCCCGAAGGCCUGUGCGGAUACAGACUUAUCAAAGUUCGAUCAAACAUUGACGAGUCAGUCUCGAGUUAACAUUUGUGGACCUUCUGGAGCACUUCAUUAUGGAUUCCUCUGUAUGGUCUCGGCUAAUGACUCGCUCUCUCGCUCUCUCUCUUCAUUGGGAACCGAACGCACGGAUCGAUCUUCAGCUGAUUAACAAACUAACAAAAAGAGUGUGUUCUUGGGAUCUGGAGAUUAGGUCAAACAGGAGAGAACAUUGAUUAUCACAACGCGCUAAAACUUUCCCCAUCUCCCGUAUCAACCAGGAUUGAGGGUAAGACGCUCUUGAGAACUCUGUAUCUGACAGCAGACUGUGUGAAAGCAGCAUAGUGCUGAAUACUCUUCGACAGUCGGCCUGCUGAAAUUAAUACUGUUCUUUUUUUUCCCCUCCAAUUGACUGUUGACGUAAUUGUAUGUGAGGUACACCUUCAGCCAUCUCUGAUUUUAAUCAUUUGAUUUCAAGGAGAAAAUAAUUAAAAAAAAUAUG